UUCAAAUCACGCUCAGUUAAACGACAUCCUUGACAAAAAUGAAGCUGAUACUUCUGUUUGUUUGCCUUUUUGGUUAUUCUUUUAGGGAAUCGGAAAGUUCCCAAAGAAAUUAUGUCGCGGAAGAAGAAAACAAGUACCGCAUGUCAUAUUUCCUUGUAGAGACCGAUGAUGGUGGUUAUGAAAUGCAAGAUUUAACAGUCCCUUCUCUUGAAGUAACAGCUUCGUUGACGGAUGUCGUUUACUACUUUUGUAGCAAAAGCAGCAGAAAUGGCACUCUUGUUAACAAUAUCACGUCUAGUUUAUCUGUCGAAACGUUCGAUCCUACAAAAGAAGUCUUGGUUUUGAUCCACGGUUGGAGAAGUAAUUACGUUUCAUCUUUUAAUUCCUACGUAAAGUCUGCUGCGUUGGAUAAAUUUGAUUUGAAUGUCAUCAUUGUAGAUUGGAGCAAGGUAUCGUACACUGACUAUAUCGUAGCUAGAGACACCGUUCCAGACAUUGGAAAAUUUGUUGGAGAAUUCAUUCAGUCUUUAUCUUCAACACAUAAUAUUCCUCUGUCGAAGAUAUCCAUUGUAGGACAUUCUCUAGGAGCUCAUGUUUCUGGAAUUGCUGGAAAAACCCUAGGAGGCAAAGUGGGUACUAUAAUAGGUCUUGAUCCAGCUGCACCUUUGAUAUCAAUAUCAGACAAAGACUAUUGUCUCGACUCUUCAGAUGCGAAAUAUGUCCAAGUGAUUCAUACAAACACCGCUUUUUAUGGAAUAUCAACCUCUUUGGGACAUUCUGAUUACUACCCAAACGGUGGUAAAAAGCAGCCAGGGUGCGACGAUGGCGACAUGAGCAACUGCUCACACGGCAGAGCUUAUAAAUUCUAUGCUGAAUCUAUUAGAAGGAACAAGUUCGUUUCGCAACAAUGUGACUCUUACUCCGACUUUACACAAGGCAUAUGCAAUGGACAGUACUCUCUAAUGGGAGGCUAUAACAUAGACAAAGAAGUCACUGGAGAUUACUAUUUGGAUACAAAUGAAAAUUAUCCAUAUGCGAUUGAGUCAGAUUAAGUGUAAUUGUUUUGCAUGCUUUUAUGCACAUAUAAAUACAUCUGUUGAAGUAUUAA